AUGUCCAAGAAGGUCCUCCCCAAAAUCAUCUACGGAACAGCUUGGAAGAAAGAAGCUACGAAAGACUUGGUAAUCACUGCUGUUUUGCAGGGGUUUACUGCUAUUGAUACAGCAUGUCAGCCAAAGCACUACAGGGAAGAUCUCGUCGGUGAGGCAUUGCAAGUCCUCUACGAUCAGCAUGGGAUAAAGCGCGAUGACCUCUGGCUCCAGACGAAGUUCACCUCUAUCGCAGGCCAAGACACCUCCAAACCUCUCCCUUACGAUCCCUCCCUUUCAAUCCCGGACCAAAUUAAAGCCUCCUUCCAAACGUCCCUGAAAAACCUCCGCACAACCUACCUCGACAGUUACAUACUACACAGUCCCUUGCCCACAUUACACGACACACUCACGGCAUGGCACACACUGGGGUCACUCCAGGAUUCCGGUUCGGUAGGUAUGAUCGGCGUGAGCAAUGCAUAUGAUGUGGACGUCAUCGAGGCUAUGGCGGCUGAGAGGAAGGUGGAAGUCGUACAGAAUAGGUGGUAUGAGAGGAAUGGCUGGGAUAGAGACGUAGUGAGAUAUUGUAGGGAUAAUGGAGUGAUGUACCAGUCAUUUUGGACUUUGACUGGCUCUCCGUCACUGCUCAAGCACCCGACGGUGCUUGACAUGGCACAGUCAUUAGAGUGUACUCCAGCUCAGAUCGUCUUCCGUAUCGCACAGGAGAACGGAAUCACGCCGCUCGCAGGUAGCAAGAAUGCAGAGAGGAUGAAGCACGGCGUGAUCACCAAGGACAUCAGUCUGGAGCAGUAUACCUCCGACCCGGACUUCGAAGCAUUGCAGAAAGCACUAUUUAACUGAAAAAUGGAAAAUAGUUAAUUAUAUGAUGUGUUUGCACCUAUGUCGCUACUUCCUCUAUGCCUUAAG